AUGGGUUAUGAACACUAUCACAAGGUGGCAAAAUCAAGCUUAGAAAUCAAUCGAUUAGUGACUCUGCCCCUAAUUUCCCAACGCUGGUCUCCGGCGCCACAAAACCCGAGCAGCCCGACCGGAGCCGGGUGCCAGCCGCAGGGCCGCCGUGGCUGGCGCAGCGUCCGGAAUUCCUGCGAUGUCUGGGGCGCGGCGGCGGCUCCUCCCCGCCCCCACCGCGGCCUCCGCCGGCUUUUUCCGGCGAGGGGACCGGCGAGCCCUUCGAAGAACCGGCUCCACGCGCGGACAGCCGCGGCCGGCGCGCUCCCCCGGGAGCGAGGCGAGCGCCGCGCCCGGACCGCGCGACCGGGUCGGUCCGUCGCCAUUUUGUUGGUUGGUUUUUUUUUAAACCCUUUCGCUUCCCGCCCGAAUAAUAAUAAAAAGCCCCAUUGGAGUGAGGCGGGGGUGGCGGCGGCAACCGCGGCGGGGGUAUCCGGGGAGACUGCUGCCGUCGCUGCUGCUGAUCGCGGCCCAGGUCGGGCUCAGGGAGCGGACACCCCGAGCGGGGGGUGCGGGCGCCGCCGCCGCCGCUUCUGCUGCUGCUGUUCCUGCUGCUGCUGUUGGUGCCGCUGCCGCCGCCGGCGAGCGGGCGGGACCGGUGUGAGUGCGAGUGUGUGUGCGAGGGAGCGUGUGCGAGGGCGAGUGUGCGCGCGGGUGUGCGGGUGUCUGCGAGUGUCUGUCUGUCUGUGCGGGGACUCGGGGGCGGGCGGUUCGGGCUCUCCUGGCGGAGCCGCCGCCGCCGCCGCCGCCCGGGCCCCGGCGCUUCUCGCUGCGCAGGUUCGGAGCGCGCGCCAUUUUGUGAGAUUUACAAAAUCCUCUUCGGGAAGAAGCCGCCUGCAGCAGCCGCCGUUCGGCGCCCGGCCUCGUCGCCGCCGCCCUCCACGCCGGGCCGGGCCGCGCGGCCCCGCCGCCGGGACUCGGGGCCCGGGGACUGCGGUAUUUGCCGGGGAGGGGGCUAUCGCCUCCCCGGCCCCGGGCGCCGCUGGAAUCGCGAGCCGGGGAGAGACUGAGCAGGCUGCGGCGCGGCCAGAAGCCGGAGCGCCGGGGGCGGAGAGAGGCGGCCGGGGCGGCGCUGGCUGCGGAGGCCGCGGCGGGAGCGGGAGCGCGGCGCGGGAGCCCGAGGCUGAGACUCACCGGAGGAAGCGGCGCGAGCGCCCCGCCAUCGUCCCGAAGAGGUGAUAAAGGACAAGGUGUACGGAGUACAGUGGGAUUUUAUAGGGAUAGUUCUCAUAAAGUAAGUAUGUGGCUUUUUAUGUGGGAGCUCAUGUCUAGUGAAUGGUUGGCUCAAUUGUCCUUUUUGCCCUAUAGAAAGAUAAUCUGCAUAUUUAAAUACUCAAGUGAAUAUUUAAAGGUGAAGUCAAUAUUUAAAGUGAAGUAAAUAUUUAAAGGUGAGAAGCUGAAGGUUUUAAAUAAGGUUUUGUUAGUAUCAGUACUAUAGUGGGCAAUAUAUAUACAGCAUUAGAGUAGAUGUAUAGGAAGCUACUUACUUGCAUGAUUAGAGGGAACAAAGGUAGUUCUUGUCCUCAAAUUACUACUUCACUUUUCCGUUGCUUGUAAUUUUCACUGUUGGAAUUCAUUCCAUUAGAUUAAGAUAAAAUCUGAAUUCCCUAAUUUAAAAUGAGAAUAUUCCUGGAGGACUAUUCUUUGCUUGUUAUCAGGUUAGCACUUUAUUUUGAUCAGUUAGCUGGCUGUCAUUAUUAUUAGAUCUAGCCUGGAAACCCCGCAACACUCAAUUGGAGCAGGUGUGCCUGUUUUUGCCCCCUAAAGUUGCCUUUUGGCCUGCCAAGCCCCCCUUUCCUGUACCCAUACAAACCCUAAACCCCAGGCCCCACCAGCAGAUGAGGAGAUGAACAGAAGAGCAGAAGAAUGGCAGAACGGCGCGGCAGAGAGGAGAAGGCGAGUCUGAGUGCUGAGAGGAGUUCCACUGGGGGCGGUCAAAGAGGAGAUCAGCCGUUUAGUGCAAGUGUCAGUCCAGAAAUCGGAGUGAUGCUUGCGCUAAGAACGUUUUGGAAAGGAGGAAAGAAUACAGGAUGUGUGCCCUUUCCUGAGAAAAAUGAAGGGUGUUUGAGAAAUGUCAGCUUGUGGUGUGGUCAUGGGAAGGUUCAUGUGAAGAUUCUCUGGUGGUCAGAAGUUGUGUUAGCCUGCCUCAAUGGCUUCCUAUCACUGAGAGCGUUGGCACCAAGGGUAAUUCUGUCUAGGACUCACUGCACUUGAUUAACUAUUGGACUAGAGGGCAUGUCCCUGUUUUCUUACUGUUUUAUUUGUUAGGGCUUCUAUUUGAGCAGUCUUAUAAAACAUAAUAUAAGGUACAGUUCUGAUCAUCUAGAUUAUUUUAGUUUUUAAAGAUCUACAAGUAGUGUAUAGUUGAAAAAACACAAGCCCUAUGGAAUGAUAGCAGAUAGCAGAUCAUUUCCCCCUUCUCAUGCGCCAUAAUAAUAACUAUUCAGUUUUUCCUACCAGAAAUGUAUGCAUGUGUACAUCCCAACACAAUUAUUUUAAUAUGUAUUGUGUUAGAGAACUACGUAUAAGCCUAUUAUUUUUAAGUGCAUAGACAGUAGGUGUAUGUGUAUGUGUAAAUGUACACAUUGUCAAUGUACUUAAAACCCAAACCAAAUGGGAUCAUGCAUACUAAUCACAGUUUUGCAACUCAGUUUUGCAACUUUUGGUUUAUCUUAGAAAUAUUUCGAUAUCAGCUCACAGAGCUCCCGUUUGUUUUUUUCUUUUUCUUUUUAAUUUGAGAUGGGGUCUCACUUUGUCACUGAGGCUGAAGUGCAGUUGCACGAUCAUAGUUCACUGCAGCCUUGCCCUCCUGGGCUCAAGUGAUCCUCACACCUCAGCCUCCUGAGUAGCUGGGAUUGUAGGUGUGCACCACCAUGCCCAGCUAAUUUUUAAGUUUUUUGUGGAGACAUAGUCUUGGUAUGUUACCUGGGCUGGUCUUGAACUCCUGGCCUCAGUGAUCCUCCCAUCUUGUCCUCCCACAGUGCAGGUGUGAGCCACUGUACCCAGCCCCUAUUGGUUUUAAUGGUUGUAUCCUGUUUUAUGGAUGUACCACUAUUUAGUCAGACUGCAUUAAAGAACAUUUAAAUUAAUAUUUUUGCUCUUUUAAACAAUGUUGCUGUGUACUUCUUUGCAUAUAUAGUUGUGUUCUGUGAGUAUUGGCAAUAGGAUACCUAUUUAUAAGGAAAGUGGCUGGUUCACCAGGUUUAUACACAUUUGAAUAUGUAUUGCCAUAUUGUCUUCCAGAAAGUAGCACUAGUUUAUGCUUUCACCAGCAGUGUCUGAAAGUGUAUAGUUUCUCAAAUCUCACCAACACUGUUGUUAUCUGUCUUAGAUUUUUCUGAAUGUAAUAGGUGAAUAACGAUGUCUAGUUGUUUGGAUUUGCAUAUCUUUAAUUAUGACUGAAUUUGAACACCUUAAGUUGUGCUAUAAGCUUUUUAUUUUAAAUAACAAAAUAUUCUUCAUCAGAUAUGUGCUGUAGUUGAAGUAUUUUCUGGUUUCCCUUUAUUUCUUUACUCUGUUGGUUGAAUAACUGAUGUUUUGAUAAAUUGUAAAUGCCUGCAGAAAAGAGGGCUCUUGUUCUUCAAUUGACAGAGAACAUUUCUUCAGAAAUGUUCUUCAGAGGACAUUUGCAUGUUCUUUGUAUGAGAUAUGAGUGGUGAUGGCAGAAGCUUUUGACUA